AUGGUGAAGGUGGCAAUUGUUUGCUUGGCCCUUGUGGCACUAGUAGGAAGCGCUGCCGCCGUGUCCUACCCUUCGCAUCACUGUCCUUCGAAUGAGGUUCUGGUGGCUUCUCCACCAUGCUGUGAGCCAACGUGCGAUUGUGACUGUGAGCAUACGACGUGCCAGCAGCUGCUCGUCUACCAGCCCACCUGUGUUUGUAUGACCGGUUUCGUACGUAUGGAUGGCCAGUGUGUUCCAAAGUCGUGCUGCCCAGCUCCUGAAACUGAACCUCCAUGUCCAACGACUGCUGCUCCCGUGUACCAUCCACCAUCGUGCGGCUGCGGACAGUAUCCUUGCAAGUGUGACCAACCUGUCUAUCAUCCGGCGCCUGAGUAUCACCCGUGUGAGACCACCCAUGCACCUUCCACCUGUGCCCCACCUGUCUAUGAAAAACCAUCGUGCGGAUGUGGUAAAUACCCUUGCCAGUGUGCUCAGCCUGUGUACCAUCCCGCUCCUGUACAUUACCCAUGUGAGACGACCUGUGCGCCGGUUGAAACUACGACCGCCUGUGCUCCCGUCUACGAACAGCCAUCGUGCGGUUGUGGCCAAAAUCCUUGCAAGUGUGUCCAGCCCGUCUAUCAUCCGGCACCAGUCUAUCACCCACCCUGCGAGACCACUACUGCCAAACCCGUCUGCGAAACUACACCUGCACCAACCUGUGCCCCCUGUGAGCAGCUAGUCUUCGCUCAUCCCUGCUGUGAGCCGACCUGCGACAACGAUUGCUCCGGCGUGCAAUGCCCGCUGCUGCUAGUGGAGGAACCAACCUGUGCAUGCCGUCCUGGACUCGUUCGGUACCAGGGACAUUGUGUGGAGCCGACCGUCUGCCCGAAGAGUGCUUCCCGCUAUCGGCUAUUCGUACCGAAGACUGUUUCCUGUGCCUGUAACACACAGAAUGUAGUUGUUUACUAA